AUCAAUAGUGCACAAUCUUUUGUUGUUAUUUUCUAUUUCCGUCCUCUUAGUCAUGGCACUGAUCUACUACGACUUAACCAUUGGCAAUGCCUACGAGCUCGUGCUUUCGGGUCUCCGUGAAUCCAGCAAGGCCACCACAAUUUUGGAACUGGGCCAUUUUAUUACCAACAAGACGGACUUUCCAGCUGGCGUCUGCUAUAAAAUCAUCAUGGAAGCUCUAGCCGAGGGUAUAAAGCGCAAAACUAUUCGGCAAGUGGGCGAACGCUAUGCUGCAGUGCCGCCAAAUCCAGUCAAAUUGUCCAGAACUGUCAAAUAAGUGGGCGAAUGGCUGCGAGCUGCCAUGUAAUCUGAUCUGGAUGCGAGCACCCGGCUGUGAUAAUUAAUUCAUAACUCCAAGAGCAGCAGCAGCUUGAGUGUAGCAGAAGUGCAGCGCAAACACUUUAUUAAAAUUAAAAUUUAUAUAAAUUGCGGCGGCAAGCCAUUUUGUCAUCAUACCAUA